AUGGUCCUGCUCUCCUCCAACUCGUCCUCCUCAUCAAUCUCCAUUCUAUCCCUAACAUCCUCCUCCAAGACUUCACUCGAUCCAUAUCCAGCCGCUCCUCUAGCCUCAGAUCCGUCUCUCGUCCCAUCCAAGUACCUCGCAGAGGACUGCUGCCCGCCCACAGCUCACGCGACUGGCGUCGACCUUCGUGCGAGCAUACCACCCCCUGCACCUGCUCUGCUCGUUCGAGCACCUCCUAGUCAGCUCAUGGAUGCGCCUGCUCGAGCUGCCUUGGGGAUGCCCAACUCGUCCACAGCUGCGAGUCAAGCCAGAGCGGUGAGAGGUGAACCUGUCACGCCCGAGUAUGAGGUCAACGAUUAUCUAUCGGAUCGGAAUGAUGGAGAAUCUCAGCCGUUGCUCUUAGCACCCACGGCAGUCCGACCGGGUCUGUCGAGAUCCUCGUCAAACGGCUCAACAUCUUCUGCCAGGAAUGCUCUGAGGAGGAUAUUCAUCGAUCGCAGUAAUACGCCGUCGCAGCAUCUCUCACGUCCAACAUUCCCACCUCCCUCCCUGACGACCUAUUCACCUCUUCCCACUCGACCUCUGAGCAUACUGGCCAAGAUCAAUCUCUUCAUCAAUCAGUCCAUUUCUGUCGGUCUCUCGACGUUCUUCCUCGCCUUCGUCGUCCUUUGGGCCAUGACCGCGGAAGUUGUCAAGGCUCUGCCUAAAUGGCUGAGACCCGUCAAAGCCAAGAGAUUUCCAUGGGACGAUGAUAGGUAUUGGAAGAAGGAGGGACGGAAAGUGUCUAAAGAGCCAAAAGACUAUGCGAGACAGAUCGGCAUGGAUAUAGAGAACCAGGUGGUGGAAACGGAGGACGGGUAUUUGCUGAGGAUGCACCGGGUCAUUGAUCCUGAAGCUCAACCGCGGAGCGAUGGACGAGGCGGAUUCCCUGUACUCAUCCUUCACGGCCUCUUCCAGUGCUCUGGGUCAUUUGUCACCUCUGAGGAGAGAUCCCUGGCGUUCUGGCUGGCCAAACAAGGAGGGUAUCAGGUUUAUCUAGGCAACACACGGGGGAUCUUCGACAUGGGUCACAAGAGCUUUUCGCGGAAUGACCCGAGAUUCUGGGACUGGACGAUUCGCGAAUUGGCCAUGUACGAUCUCCCAGCGUUGGUCGAUCACGUUUGCAAAGAAACCGGCUACGAAAAGAUCGCCUUUAUCGGCCACUCCCAAGGCAAUGGUCUCACGUUCAUCUCUCUAUCCCUCGGCAUGUGCCCAUCACUCGGCACCAAGAUGUCAGUCUUCAUCGCUUUGGCUCCGGCUGUGUAUGCUGGACCUCUGACGACCGGAUUUCCAUUCACCACAUUGAACCAACUCGAAUGGAGCACCUGGAAGCGUUUCUUCGGCGUCCUUGACUUUAUCCCUCUGAUGCGGUGGGCAUAUGACUACGCACCACCAUCGCUGUUUGCUGCGCUAGGAUAUACCAUGUUUGCUUUCCUCUUCUCUUGGACCGAUACGAACUGGCUGCAUCGCCGCAAGACCAAAAUGUUCCGUUUCACACCUACUCCCGUCAGCUCUGCCAGCAUCUUUUGGUGGUGCGGCAAGGGCGGGUUCGCAGAUCGGAAAUGUACCCUUGACGAUACGUUGGAGAGGUGGUUUGACGAUCGAUUUCCAUCUCUGUCGAUCUACCACGGCGGCAAAGACUAUCUUGUGCUCGCUGAGCCUCUUUUGGAGAGGCUGAAGCACAAGGAGAAGGACGUCAAGGUGAUCAAGGUGACCAAAUUGGACGAAUCAGAGCAUUGCGACUUUUACUGGGCAGCCGAGGCUGUAGAAUGGGCAUACAUGUCCUUCCUAGACGAUAUCGAGUCCACUCGACCCAAGUAUCCCGAAGAGAUGCAAGAGGGCUCGGAACAACAGCAUUGA